AUGGUCUCUAAUCUCAUUGAUAAAGAUACAAGAAGGUGGAAGGCAGAUUUAGUUAGGUCAUUGUUUCUCCCUUUUGAAGCAUCCACAAUCCUCAACAUUCCCUUAAGUUACAACUUGCCUGAAGAUAAGAUCAUUUGGGUUGGAAAUAAAAAGGGGGAGUUUACAGUGAAAAGUGCAUAUUACAUUGCCCUUAAUCUAAACAAUGAGGCGGAUAUUGAGGAAUGCUCUUCAGGGGAUUGUAGAGCCCCUCUAUGGAAAAGAAUUUGGCACUUAAAAAUCCCUUCAAAGAUCAGAAUUUUUGGAUGGAGAGCAUGCUUGAAUGGUCUGCCAACUGCUGAGAAUUUAAAGAAGAGGGGAAUUAAUUUGAGUGAGCUUUGCCCUUGUUGCGGAAAAGAUCCUGAAUCAAUAACUCACUCCUUGUUGAGAUGUGAGUUUGCCAAGAAAGUCUGGAAUUGCUGGCAGGAGUGCCCAAUUAAUAUUUCCUCAAGUCAGUGGGAUUUUUCUGAUGUAGCAUUGAAAAUUCUGGAACAGGGGACAGCUGCGGAUCUUGAGGUGUUUUUUGUCAUGGCAUGGUCAAUAUGGUAUAACCGAAACCAGGUGGUGCAUGAAUCAACCUGCCAACUUCCCAAUCAGACUUGGAACUUUGCUAAAAGGUACCUUCAAGAUUACAAAGAUGCCACUUCAUCUUCUGGCCAAGAUAAGACCUGUGUUAGCAAUAGUUGGCAUCCCCCUCCUGCUGGAGUUUUUAAAAUAAACGUGGACGGAGCAACCUCAGAAAAUGGAAGGAAUUCAAGUGUGGGAGUGAUUAUUAGAGACUCCAAAGGAAUCAUAGUUGCUGCUUGCGCAAAUUACCUUUCAGGUCAGUUUUCAGCUUUCGAAACUGAAACUUUAGCAGUUGAAUGUGGCAUCCUUCUUGCUCAGGAGAUGGGGUUAGCUCAGAUAAUCAUUGAAUCUGAUGCUCUAUCAGUAAUUCAAAGUAUUGCUGCUAAUGAAUUUGAUGGAGACACGGGCCACCUGAAUCUUGGAAUCAUUGGUCUUCUCAAGUCCUUUAGGAGCUGGGAGUUAAAUCAUUUGAAACGGGACUACAACAGAGUCGCACAUGAACUCGCACAAUCUGCCAAAAGGAACGAAGCAUCUCAAUGCUGGAAAGGAGUUUGCUCGCCUGUGGUGCAACUUCUCAUCCAAAGAGAAUGUGUUUUGUCUCGGGUGUAG